GUCAGAAUAAAGUCAGCGUUCAUCCUCAGCGCAAACUCCUGACUCUCCUCCUCGCAGCCAGACACAAAACAAGAGAAGAUGAAGUGGCUCGCGUUGGCACUGACCCUGGUGACGACGACCCCGACCUCAGUGACCGCCCAGUGCUUCUCUCAGAAUGACCGCGUGAUCACCCCGUCGAGUUCGGAGCUGUCCCAACUCACCCGCUUCGCCGUGGCCCUGUACAAGGACAUGCUGGCCCGAAACACCACCGGGAACUACCUGGUGUCGCCCUACAGCGUGUGGAAGGCCCUCACCCUCGCGUACUUCGGGUCGUCGGGGAACACCCAGGCUGAGCUCGAGGGCGUUCUCGGGGCGGAAGACAAGAUCUCCUCCCUGAAGGUGUGGAGCCACCUCGACCGCCUGUACGGCACAGAGCAGAGCAGCGAAGACGAGGGCGUGGUGAUGGAGGGGCGGGCGUACCUCAGUGGGCGUCGAUCCCUCAGGCCGUGCGUGGAGGAGAUACUCGACGACGCCCUUCGCACCCUCGACUUCUCCAAUGUGUACCGCGCGGCCACCGACAUCAACCAGUGGACGGCGCAGGUGACCCGAGGCCGCGCCGCCCGCCUCCUGCAGCCCAACGACCUCCUCGGAACCAACAUGGUGCUGGCGAGCGCCGCCGCCUUCAAGGGCGCGUGGGCGGCGCCCUUCGAGGUCUCGUCCUCGCGCCUCCAGCCCUUCUACGCGACGCCGGAGGAGCCCCGGGACGCCGUCACCAUGACACAGAGAGGGGUCUUCAACUACGGCGAGUCCGAGGACCUGGGUGUUCAGAUCCUGGAGCUUCCGUACGCCAACAGCCCCGUUUCGCUGUACGUCCUGCUGCCCCCUCUGAGUGCCGGCUCCCGAGGGCUGGCGGACACGGUGGAGCGCCUCUCCCCCCCUCUGCUGGAGAGCGCCCUCGCCGCCAUGACCCCCGCCGUGGUGAGGGUCGUCAUGCCCAAGUUCAAGAUCGAGUCGAAGGACGGGGAUGGCCUGCAGGAGACUCUCUCCCGCCUCGGCGUGAAGGACCUCUUCAGCGAGCGCGCGAACCUCUCCGUGUUUUCCCCCGAAGGCAACCUGAGGGUGGGACACGCCGCCCACAAGGCAGUCAUGGAGGUGGACGAGGGCGGCACCGACAGCUCCGUCUCCUCCUCGGCCAAGAACUUCGCCGUCCCGCCCGCCGGAGGACGACCGUCAGGAGAGGGAGGCCCGCUGAGGAACCGCGUGUUCGUGUGCAACCGGCCCUUCGCCUUCCUCCUGAGGGACACGCGGGCUGGGAGGCUGCUGUUCAUGGGCGCCCUCAAGGAUGCUCCGCUGUGAGGGGCGGCGGGCGGGAGGAUGGCGAGGGCAAAGCAGAUUGAAGGAUGUAAGAAAUGCAGAUAAGAUGGAGGAAUCUUGAUACUAGGAACACCGGAGCGAGGUCUCGAGAGCACGCCGCCUUCGUCGCUCUCUUGGGCAAGGCGUAAAACAAGUCCAUAUGUAUACACAUGCAAAAUACACAUUGUUCACAUAUGCACAUGGAUGUAUAUUCAUAUAUGCGUGUAGAUA